UGUCGAGGACAAAGAGAGAGGGACCACAGCCAUAAGUUCUCCAGCUCACAGAACUCCACAAGAGACAGGAGAUCCGGCAGAAGAUCAACCCGUACGACACGAUGAUGAUGAUGGCACCAGCACAGACUCAUCUGCUGCUCUAGAAAGCACAUUUUUCAGAUCUGUCUGCGUGACCACAAAGAAAAAGCCAUUGGAUGAUAAUCUGGGCGGAUUUGCAGGACACUGAAUGGAAGUAAAUAGACAAGAAGAGGCGUAAAAUACCAACGGGCGAGCGACUCAUUCAACACCGAGCUCUUCUUUGGGUGCAACGUUUCGAGUCCACACCAGGAUUUUGUUUCGUUGUAGACAACACAUUGUGCACGAAAGGAUCUGGAUUUAGCAGUGGGAGAGUCUGGAAGCUCCGUUUUAUUGAGCCAUGAAGAAGAACGGUUCAACAAAGCGGGGCCCUCAGGACGCCAAUCAACAGCCCAUGCAGCCCGACAAAACUGGCUGGAUUCGCAAGUUCUGUGGCAAAGGAAUUUUCAGGGAAAUUUGGAAAAACAGAUUUGUUAUACUGAAAGGAGACCAACUCUACAUUUCUGAAAAAGAGGUCAAAGAUGAGAAGAAAAUCCAGGAGGUGGCGGAUCUCACCGACUACGAGAGGUCUGAAGAACUUCGCAAGGCCAAAAGCAGGAGCAAAAAGAAUCACAGCAAGUUCACGCUUCUGCGUUCACGGCAGCCAGGCAACAAGGUCCCAAAUCUGGUGUUUUUGGCUGUCAGUCCAGAAGAGAAGGAGUCAUGGAUCAAUGCAUUAAAUGCAGCCAUCACUAGGGCCAAGAAUCGCAUAUUGGACGAGGUGACAGUGGAAGAGGACAGCUUGUUGGCCCAUCCGACGCGUGACAGAGCUAAGAUACCCCAUACUCGCCGUCUGCCCACCCGCGGGCACCUCAUGGCUGUGGCUUCUACCACAAACUCGGAUGGCAUGCUGACACUUGACCUCAUCCAGGAAGAAGAUGUCCCCUCCACACAGUGUCAGGACUCUCAUGAGGAUACCCUCGAUAAAGCUGCUUCUCAGCGCACCCCAGAUUCCCAGUGCUCCAUCACGGACACCUCAAAGCUCUCAACCUGUAAUGAGACUCCUGGAAAGUCCCAGAGUCUGCCACGAAAAAGCGAGAGCGCCUUCGACUGGUCAGAGAACCACAGGACGCCGCAGCUCAGCAAAAAAACGCCCACAUCUGACAAGAACCGCUGCGCUUCCAUGGAUGAGAUCCUGACGCACUGCGAGACGCGAGCACUCCCUCAUUGCUCAACUUCGGCGCCCGUGCAGCCCAUCAGCCAGCUCCAGGACCUCAUCACCCAGAAGCUAGAAAGAACUCAAGAACUGCUGACGGAGGUACGGGUGCAGGGCAACGGGAAGGGCUCGCCGGCUGGGAAGAGCUCCAGUCUGGAGGGUCAGCGGAUGGAGGCGGAGAGGCUUCUGGAGGAGGCGGCGUCCACUUGGGGACAGGCUCGUGACGUGCUGGAGGAAGUGAAAGAACUCAGAGCAUUAUACAAGCAGCUUGACUCCGCCUCUUCCGUCACACUCAGUCCUCCACAGAACGGCAAACUAAACAGCCCUCAACAAGCAAACCACCGGAAAAGCAUGAUGUGAGAACAUACAAAGUCCUCCAUGGCUUCAUUUUUCAAUAAACUCUUUCUGUUGACUGCUUUAGCAUUGCUGGAAUCAACAAAAAACGAAUAACAUGAGCUAUACGUGUAUGUAUGAAUUGUUAAAGAGCAAAUCUAAUUUCUUCCACUCCCUAAUAUCAGCGUCAGAGCAAAAAUACGAGGGCCUGGUGGUUUUACCAAACACAAGCUGUUGCGUCGUACCCUGCGGUAUCAAUUUUCACAGUGACGUCGACAGGGACAGUAAAAGCACCGAGUCAUCGAGCGGCCCAUCAGGGUAGGACAGGGUGAGAAACACCAGACGGCGGUGAUGUUGUUGUCAUCACCAGCCAAUCACAAUGUGAAUGUUUUCCUUCUGUUUCAUAAUACACUGGAGGAGCUUCGUUUCGAAAUGGUCGCAGACCCCCAGGGUCAUUUUUGUGCGUAAUAAUAAUAAUAAUGCCCAGCACACUUGCUCUGCUGUUAGCACAAACCAAGCUCAUAAUAAGAUGCAAUCAGGGUGCAGCCAAAGGCAAUUGGCGGGAACGAUCACGGAUAGGCGCUCAAUAUCCCGUCAGAUGGGCUCUAAUUGUGAACAAAGCCAUGAACAUGAACACAGAUGACGUCUAGUGCCAGUGUUGCUGUGGAAAGUCAGCUGCCAUUAAAGACGAGACUCCAUGCAGUAAAGGAAACUAUUAAUAAUAAUUACACAUUUGCACUAUGGAGAAUGCUGUAAAACGAGAGUGACACUGGCAAGCUAUCUUUUCAAACCUAAGAGGCAGAACAGACAAUCUACUGUAGGUAGGGAAACAUGGGUCGUGUAGCUCCAAGUCUUUACACCUAAGUGGUAUUUCUGAAAAUAUGUUGGUAUCUCUCAAAAUCAAAAGCUGCCUUAGUGUGUUUUCAAAAGGGCACAUGCAAACUGCAUUUCAAACUCUUCAAAGACUCUGAAUGCUUGUAUAUUUUAAUUUUCCAAAAUUUCGCCUACAAGUUGUACCUCAAGAGAAGCUUUUAAAGCAGGUUUUUAUUUGCUUGCGCUUUGCUUUGCAGGAUUUAUGUCUCUGGGGAACUAUGCAAGGUUGCAUGGGUGAAACUCACGAAAUCGGUCAAGAGUCAUAUUUCAUUCCAAAAUUUCUUUGAGAAAAAGAAGAAAUUGUGUUUUGUUUAAAGUACAUGAAGCUUAUUUGCUCAUGUAAUUUAGAAAGAAGUUUAAUUUUAUUUUUGUUCUUAAUUUUUAUGAAAAUUAAGCACAUUUCCCCACCCAGUUCUCAUUACCGUAAUCAAUUUAUUCUGAUAAAUGUAAAAAAAACAUUUUAUUGUUGUACUAUAAAAAUAUGAAUAUAAUAAA